GACGCAGCCCGUGGGAUAUGUUGACAGACGACUCUCCACUCCUUUGGGUAUUUUUCUAAACAGUUGUGAUCAUCUGGACUGCUGAUAAGUAUGGAGAUUAAGUUAGAUGUUUUAGUCUCUACAUGUAUCAAACAUAGGAAACCUUGGCCUCGAAUCUCCUGGCUGGGACAGGAAAAAGAAGCUAUUUUUCUCAUAGAUGAUAAAUGCGUAACUGAAAUUAACCUUGUAUCAGGAAAGACAAAGAAAAAAAUUCCUCGACUUCAGUCAUUGUUGAAAAAUGUUGUUGUCAUAGCGACAUCAAGAAAUGGUGCUUGGUUGGCAGGAAUACUUUCAACAGGAGAACUGUUUCUUUGGAAUAAAGACCAGGACUAUCUGAAAACUGUACCAGCAAUUGAAGAAUCUCGUAAGGUGAUUACAGCAGCACAAGAGUGCUCCAUGAGAUUGUACCUGUAUGUCUCAGGAGAUGGGAAUAAGGUGUUACUCACUACGCCUACUGCAUGUGUCUUUCUGUGGGAAAGCACAGAGUGCAAAGACAUAUCCUCUGCUGAACAUUCUUCACUGGCUGGGCAUUGGUCACAAAUUAUUCCGGAAGAAUCAGUUAUGUUGCCUUCCACUGAAGAUAAAGAAACUGGAAUGAAUGCUGAUUUCAUCAAAAAUGAGAUACUAGGUGACUGCUGCUUGUGCUCUUUCACGUUUUAUUCUGGGGAAUGCUUGAUGCUGACAUUUUUAGCGCUGCGGUGGCAUGAAAAUAGCUUCAGAUACAUUAGUUCUUUACCGUACCAUAUCCUCUGGGCCCAACAAGCAUGUUACCUGUCUACUCUGGUUCCAGUAUGUGUGUCAGUAAAGUCAAGAGGAGCUUUGCUUUCUACAUUUUCAAGGGAUGGACUUUUACUGGCAGUAGCCAUUAAUCAAAAUGAUCCAAAGGCAACUCAGAUUUUGUUUAUAAAUACACUGAAUUUUGUUACUGUUUCUGGUAACCUUAAAGGUUGUAGCAGCAAGAAUUAUGUGGUUUCAUCCAAAUUUGUCAGGUCAUAUUGGGUCGGUGACAUGAGCUGGACUCCUGAUAGCCUUUUUCUGGCUUGCAUGUUAAAACGUGGCUCCUUGAUCUUAUUGACUUGUAUGGGUGAAUUGCUUACCUUGGUAACUUCUGGUUGCUCUAUAGAAUUUGGACCAGCAGAGUUUAUUCCCUUUCAUCCUCUAAUAACAUACAGACUGCAGCAGUCUCUGUCUCAAGACUCUAAUAAUCAUUCUCUUGGAUCAUCUGCCUCUGAAAAUGAUCUUAUGAGACAGAGAUUUUCUGUAACGUCACACUCAAGAUUACCCUAUCUCAUUGUCUCUGAUGGGUAUAUGCUCACAGUACUUAGAUUUUCUGAUAAUCUUUCACCAUCUGGAGUUGUGAGGUCACUUCUACUUGAUUCAGCCCAGAGACUUGAAAAGAUACAUCAGGAUCAUAAGACUAAAGGGAAAAGGCUGCAACUGCGAUCAUUGUCCUCUUUAAAAGCUAGUCUAUUGAAACAAUAUCAAAACCAUAAUUCUGCCUUUUCUACUAUUCCAAAAUUUCUGCAAAAAGAAGAAAUAGCAGAACAGAGUGAAAAAACAGCAGAUUUACAGGAUUAUGAUGAUGAAUCUGACGAUGACAAGCAGUUUCAGAAUAUCUCUUCUGCAUUCUGCAGCCAAAGACCUGAUUCAUUUUUCAGUAGAGCUGAUCAAGGCCGGUUGGAAUUUGCAUCAAUGUUUGACACUGUUCAUGCAAAAGAUGAUACUAAUGCAAAAGAUGACCUAUCUAUGGAACUAAAUUCAAUUAAGAAAAACCUUCUUGCAGCCUGGGGGAUAGGCAUUUCAAAAAAUUUGCAAGAAAAAGAUAUGCUGUUGAAUUACACGGUUGGCUGUAUUACCCACUUUUUCAACAUUCUCCAGUUCAUUAAAAGUCCUUUACUAAGCCAUGUGGCAUUUUUAAACAAGUCUGUAAAAACCAACCUGUGGAUGCAUUGUAUCUUAAAACAUUUUUAUCAGUGUUUAACUGUCUUUUACUGGGAUGUGACAGACAGACGGACAGUUGGGCAUUUGGUAAAGCUGACAUUACAGACUAUAAAACUGUUGCUUAUUCAGAAACAAGAUCAGUUCUCAAAUUACCUGUUGGGAUGCUUCUAUUUACUGAAGAUGGUUGCACAUAGUCUAAAUGGGAAGUCCAUACCUCAUUAUGAGAUGAUGUCUGCAGUCUCUGAUGUUAACAGUUCUCUAGAGCUUGACUCCUUGAUUGUGCCUAUUUUUCAAGUUCUUGAUGGGAGCAGUGCUCAAAAAUUUCAUUCAUUAAAUUCUCUGCUUAAGAUCCCUCCUCAGGCAAUAAAAGUUGGUGUAAAGCCAGAAAACAGGUUGAUGAUACUGUGGCGGUUAUUAUAUAAACAAGUACUUUGCUAUCAGACUCAGCUAAAUAGAAAAACAUCUCAGAUUGGCAAGCCAUUCACUGAAAUGAAGAUUGCACAUGAAGAAUCUGUUGUUGCACAACUUAUAGGUCAUAUACAAGCAGUUCUGCAAUCUUCAGGAGAGACCUUAGAACAAACCUGGAAGCUUAAUUCUGUGAUUGGUGAGGAACAGUUUCUUUUAGGUUCGUACAAAGAAUCUCUGGAUCUGUGGAAGAGGACUCUUCAAGAAACCAUAGCAAAAGGAGACAAGAGGACACAGUUUCUUCAAACUAGGUACUACCUUGCUAUAUUAUAUUGCCAUCUAUAUCAUUACAACUUACGUGAGGCUCAGGGACUGAGUGAUCAUCUUGUGAAAGAGGUACUAAAACGAUCUCAGCCGCCAGUAAGGCAGGCAGACGAUUUUACUGAUGGUGCGUGUUUUCGAUAUGAGCUGUGGAUGAUAAGAGAUGUUCAUCCUGACGCUGCAGCGGCAGUAAUAAAGUCCAUGGCACGAUUCAUGGCUGCCUAUUUUACUAAUCAGCUACUAUAUGUACUUCCCCCACAUAAAGUUGAUAUUCUACCUCCACUUCACAUCAAUCAAGGCCAGUUCCCUCGAGUUGUUCCACUGCAGCAUUCUAUGGUCACCAGUGCUGUUAGAGACCAGAACCUUUCGUCUGUAUGGACAGCUGAAUAUGCUCUUGACUUAUUCUUCGUGGGUGGACUGAUUCCAGAGGCUGUGUGGUUAGCACGCAAACUUGGAGACUGGAAAAUGUCUGUUACCAUAGGUGUGGCUUAUAAUCUGUACUGUCAAAGCAGUAGUGGUGUUGCAAGGUCAGAGAAAAUGGAGCUACAUUUGCCUUUGAACUUGACUCCAACACACAUUUUUCAGGAAAAACUACAGUCUUUCUUGGGACAGCCAGUCAAUUUUGAAACUCCAAAUGAAGGAAGCAAUAAAUAUAAACAUUUUACAGAUCCCAUUGAAGAGGAAGAUGGAAAUGUGCUGUUUGGUUCAGUGCAAGAAAUACUGAAAGCAGCUGUUAUGGCAGAUGCAGACAUUCUCUCAGAAACAUUUCAACUUUUGAUGGAUUCUGCCAAAGACCUCAGCAGAAAGUUGUGUGGGUUAGUGCCUGAUGGGUUGUAUCUUCCUGCACCACCAUUAUAUUGUCCCCAGCCAGCUUCUCUCAGUGAAGAAGACUACAAUGACUCGCCAUUAAAAAUUGAGAGAGAUUAUCUUCAGAAGGUGUCUGGGGUCCUUCAGCGAAUUCUGCUGCCCUUCCGAGAGUGGUAUAUUGUAAAAUUGAAAUGGGCAAGAAAAGUAAUGCAAAAGAUUCGAAUGAAAGGCAAUCUUCCUUCAUUAAGUUCAUUUCCUGAUACUUUGCUUCGUUAUUGUAAAUUGAGUACAAUAUUUUUUAGACCUCCAUCUUCUGGAGACCAUCGCUUUGAUGAUGUUUCUUGUAAAGCAAUAGGUUCUUUCCGAGAAUUAUGUGCAUUGUGUUGGAUGCUUCAUGUUCGUGAAAGAUUGUCUGACUGUUGCAGAAAGUACCAAACUGCAAGAGAAACUGUGGGUAAUCUAAAGGACUGCAAGAAAACUGAAUAUGAUGCCCAUAUAGUUGAGCACAGUCUCAAUGCAAUGGAAUGGGCUUGUCGCAUGCUCCCUUUUGCUAGGUUCAUGAAUGUUGAGGAACUAGUUCAAGAUAUAAUUCUGAGCCUUGUUGGAGAAUUACCUCCAAUCAGAAAGGUGGCAGAAAUUUUGGUGAAAGCAUUUCCUAAUUCUGAAGAUGUAAGAGUUCCUUUAAGGGAUAAAUAUCAUGCACUUCAGCAACGACUUAGACACUGUAUUGUCAGAGGACCCAAAAGUGAAGAAAUGAUGUCCGUUGUUAUUCAAGCCACCCACAAAAUGAGAAUGAAGGCACUGAAACGUGUAAUAAGGAACAUAGGCCCCAUUGAAAUAAGUAUCUGGGAGCCAUCAGAAGAGGAGACACCAGAUGAUGAGACACAUUGCUAUGAUAGAUUCUCAUUAGGGACCAGUCUAAGCAGAAGUACACUCUCUGAUUGUGGAAAUCCUCAAGUAUAUAGUGAUGCUGAAACAACAGAUACACUCUCAGAACCUUUGCUUGCUGAAGGAACUAAAGAUCAAGCACCUUCACCUCAAAGGGAGACAUGGCCUCACAUGGAAGAACAAACUGGUCGUAAGAAUACUGCAUAUAAGAUAAGAUAUCUUAAUUGUAAAGCAAAACAUAAAGAAAAAGAACACACAAUUUUGCCUAAUCACCAUACUUUGCCUGUGGUAGGUGCAUGGGAAUUUGAACGUGAUGAUGAUGAAUAUGUUAAGUUUUUAGAUCUCUUUUUGAGUUACGUGCUGGAAAGAGACCUCAUUAAUUGCAGCGAUCCUGGGAUUCCUUUUCUGAUCAGCUUUUCUGAACUUCUUAGAGAACACGAACUGCACUCUCUCCUUUUUGAUGUUCACACAACACUGAAACGUCGACAGGGCAAAACUAACAGCCAGAAUGUGUUUAGAGCUGGUUGCUGCUAUGCUGUUACUCGUGCAUCAUGUGAUUCCAAACCAGUUUCCUUGUGCAAUGAAAAGCAAAAAUGUUUGGAAAACCAAAUGUCUGUUUCAGUUUUAAAACCAGCAGACACCUCAAUGUGUGACUUAAUGAAUGGAGUAAAGAAAUACAUGGGAAAGAAAGGUUUAUUUGGUCUGAACCACCUGUCAGUUUACAGAGCACAAGAUAACAAGCAAGAAAUCACUAUUACACCAAUAACCCAGACCUUGUCUGACCAUGCUUGCUCUAUUCUACAAACUUCAGUGACCUAUAAAUAUAUGUACAAAACAAUUCAUGUGAAUGAUGUUAUACCAAGAGAGGAACUUGGUCUAGAAUUGAAGAAUGAAUUUAGCAAUAUUGCAAGACUGCUUGAAUGGAUGAUCAGAUGGUCUGAUAGGAGAUUGCUAUGUGAUACCAACACAGUAGAGUCAUUUCAAGAGAGUCGCCCAAUGUUGCAUGUGAAAACAUCAGCAGCUGCUAUACUUACAUCAUUAUGGCUUUUAGGACGGCCCUUUUGUGAUGAAUUGCAAGCUAAGCAUACUAACUUUAAGAAUCCAGAUGAUCAUUACCUAAUGAACUCUGCACCCCUACCAGAAACUAGAUCAAAGAUUCAGAAAAAAAGCAGUGUGAAUUCAAGCUGUUCUCCAUCAACAGAAACGCCAUAUGCUGUCCAGGAUGUAAAUGCUCACGAUGAACCUUGUGAAAAUGUUUUAGGUAUAUGUACAGAAACAAAACAUUCUGAAAAGAAUGAAAUGAAUGAGAAUUAUUCUCUAACUCACAGUACUGAAGGAGGAGUAAUAGAUUUUGAUGAAGUAGGAGCAUUCCAGGAAGUAGAUACAACUUUAGAAAAUGAAGAACUCUUUGAAGAACCAUUUGGAGCUCCAAAAAGUCCCAGUAUUUCUGUCAGCAUUAAACUUAUACAACAAAAAGAGGAGUAUAUUUCUACACUAGAUGUAGAAUCUCCCUUGGAAGAACCCAUGAUGGAAAAGCUAGAGGGAAAAAUAGCCAAACAAAAUGGUCUGACUGAGGCUGUUUCCAGCACUGUUCCUCAUUCAUUUGGUUUAGAAAUGAAUGCAGAUGCUCCUAGUAACACAGAGAUUUGUGUAUGUGGUGAUCAACCUUCUCUUACGGGUAUAUCAAGUGUUCCCUAUGAUGGUCCGGGAUGUUCAAAGAAGCAAGAAGUCCAGGAAGGAGAGUUGAUAGCAGAACCAUCAAAUGUUUCAGAAGCUGUCAGACAGAUGCUCCAAAAUGAAAUGUUUAAAUUAGUUCAGCUGCAGCAAAUCAACUUUCUGAGCUUAAUGCAAAUAGUAGGGUCGUCCUUUGCCAGCCUGCCAAAUGUGCAGCAUAUUCUGCAGCAACCUCAGUCUAUUCAGCUGGGAGGAAACCAGGCUUUACACACUGAAAGAAGCAAUUGUACUGACACAUUCGUACCUAUACAGUCUACAGACAUUUCUUCAGAAACUCAACUGCCCAGUAAAGAAAGUGUUGGAAAGUUUAAAAAGAGUAGCUCUCAUCCUCAAGAAAGAAAUAUCCUAAAUGAUCAAACCAGCAAAGAAAGUACACAUAAUCAUCCAGAUGUGAAUAUUUCUUUAAGCCUAUCAGAGAGCCAGUUCAAUGGAAUGGGGUUUAUUCAAGCACCUGAAAAAUUGCUUCCUUCAGCUCCAGCCAAAUUGCUUCAUCUGUUAUCUCCUUCCAUAGAAAACCAGAAGACAUCCAAACUUAUCCCAGUUGCAAAAUCCUUACGUUAUGAAAAUGGCUUUCCUUUGCUUAAACUUGAAGCUGGUAGUUUUAAAUCACUCAAUUUAUAUCCAUUAAAAGUUUCACAAGCUUUGAUCAGGCCUCUCCCCCAACCCAGAGUAGCUUGGGAUUUAUCUCCUUCUUUACAGAACCCUCCACUAUCAUGUACCCUAGGAGCCAAAACUAAUUCAGCACCACACUUGAAUAAAUAUCAUGAAAUAAGGCAAGUACGUGAUGAGAAGAAGUGGUGUUCAGAAGCUAUAAGUAAGGGGCCUCCUAAAAUAUUUAAUCACAAUCAGUAUGAAGAGGAGCAAAAUCUUCCUCUUCAGCAUUACCUUCAUACAAACGUGAAUGAAGAGAAACCAUUGAGUUCUUUCUAUGGAACUUACCAGCAUUCAACUGGAAUUCCUUUACUGCACCUGCAGCUUAACACAGCACCUAGAUUUCCAUCAAUUACAAGACCACCAAUCCCUGCUUCUUUAAUACCCAUUAGAUCUGUAACAGAGGAGACUAACUCCAGAGAUAAAUUACAGCACACAGGACUAUCAAUUCUUCACACUGAUUUACCUCCAAGAAACAAGUUCCAAUCACCAAAACUCAUCCCGCUUAAAAAUCUCAUUGCAUUUGAGAAAAGCCGCCAGUAUACCAGCGUACCACAAGACUUCAUUGGACAAGCUCAUCCUGUUCAGAUUGAGUUGUUAAAAGCUAGCACUGAACCAUUUGACACAAGACACACACAGAAUAAUACAAAAAGGGAAAAGAGACGUGCUGAGAAACAGAUAAAAGAGAGGGCAGACAAGAAAAAAGCAAGUGUGACAUUCCGCCCAGAUGAUUCCAUUAUUAGUACUGAUGACAUGGAAACUGAGAUACAGGAUCAGCAAGCAGAAUCCAGCAGUUAUCAUGGAGAUAAUUUUCUCAUUUUACCUGAUACAAUUGGAGAGGCUAUUACUACUUCAGCAGGCCUACAUUGCAUGGCUUCCACAAUGAAAAAACCUGCAGAAACUCAAGAUGCAAGCACAAAUACAGAUACAGUUCUCAAGUCAAAUCAGGAUAUAGAAACUGGUUCUGAAGACGUAUUACCUGAACAUCUUAGGAACCAACCAAUCAUCUCUGUUCCUACAACAGAACAUCUGACUUCAAGUGUUCCUCAGAUGUUGCCACCAGACAUGUAUUUAAACUUCAGAUUCCACACAGAAGUAAGGGAGACACUUUUACCAUCCUCAGUUUCUGAUACUGCACCUGAUGUGAUUGGACACAACUAUAUCAAUGUGAUUGACAUUGAAGAGAGUGAUCUCUUGAAGGAUUUGCCUGUUAUAGCUGAGUCCGCUGAAGAGAUAAUUACCGCACAACAACAUGAGAACUUCACAAUUCCAUCUUCUGCAAAGCUGCAUCACAUGGCAGCCUCUGUUACCAAUGCAAUUCCACCUAAUGAAUUUCAGAGGCAAGAUGACCAUCAAAAUAUAUUGAUCCCAGUGCAAGAAGAGGAUAUAAAAGUAGAUAGUGGUAGAGAUAAUCUAACCUGGAACCUACUGCAUGAUGAUGUCAGCAUCAUUCAUUCUGAAGGACUGUCAGCUAAAAUCAUUAGCAAAGAACACUUUUGUACAAAGCUGCAGGAAAUGGAUAUACAACUAAAGGCACUGCAGAACAUAGCAGAAAAUAUGGAGAAGGAUUUCAGCAAUACUAAACUGAUAGUGAAAACAAUAGAAGAUUUAGGAAUGAUUGACAGUCCAGAUGUAGGUGCAGCUUCCUUGUUCUCUGACGGUGUUGGAGUUAUUGAUGAGGCACAUUAUGUGAGCUCUGUGGACUUUGAAGAAUGUAUGAAUGAAAAAGAGGAAGGUUCAAGACCUGAAUAUUCUGCAGACAGUUAUACAGCCUUGCACGCUCAUUCUCUUUCCUCUGCAACUUCAGCUGCUAACCUUCCGAGUCACAUAAAAUCAUCUUCUGACAUUCAUAUACAUGAAGAUUUAGGUGAUAGUUUUACAGAUGAUCCCUUGCAAAUUACUGGAUUGAGUUGCAUUACUGGUACUGUUAAUGAUCUUGUAACAGAGGGUGGUGUUUCCCCUACAGAAAUGAGCAUUACAAAAACCCAAGAUAAAAAAAUCUUCAGAAUCUAUGAUACCUCAGCUGGAUAUUCUCAAAAAACAAAAAGAGAGAGAAAAGAAAUACAAGUAUGGAUGAAAAGAAAACGAAAAGAAAGACUGGAAGAAUAUCAUAAAAAACUGGAUGAACGAAGACAAAGAGAAUAUAACCCAUUUAAUUUGAAAAAUAAUAUGCAAUUUGGCCUCACUGCAAAGGAUAUCAAAUUGAGCCAGAAGAAGAAAGAUGAAAAAGAUAAAGCCCUGUUGUCUGAGCAUCAUAGUCUUAGAGUCUCACAAGCACUUGCCCUAAUGAAUGAGAUGUUAUCCGAGACAGUACAGCUUCCUGCAAGUGAAUCUAGACCAUUGUCCAAAACAACGAUAUUCCCUCGAGAUUUAAGAAAGCAGCAUCUCAUAUCUGCUAGAGGAAGUCGUCCUGGUAGUCGCAGUCAGUCAGCAAGUCAAGCUGAAAGAAGCAGAACUGCUGCCAAACCAGGUUUUGGUCAAGCAAGAUCCCAUUCCACUCCACCCUAUAGUUUACCUCAGUCUAGGGGAACUGCCAUUGGGGUAUUGCAGAAGAAUAUAUCCGAAGGGGGGAUUAGACAUGCAACACAUUAUCCUGGAAAUUCUAGACCAGUUGCCCUUCGGCCUCAAGACCAAACAUCUCAACCCACUCGCAGAGGAAUGCUGACAGAUUUUAACCGAAGAAAAGUGUGGUUGCAAGGCAAUGCAAGCCAGAGGAUGGGCAUUAGCAAAGGAAGACCUAAUUCAGCCAGACAAGCUUCUGAUUAUCUGACACACAGUACCAAGAAUCUGAGAAGACCUGCACCACAUACAAUUGCAAUUCAGACAGAAGAGAGAGAUCUUAAUUAUGAGUCAGAGCGAGAUUCAGUAAGUCCUUGGAGUGUCCCUGAUGAUAUCCAAAGAAUCCUUCAUGACAAUUAUGAUUCCCUACUUGAGGUAUCUGUACCUCAUGAGGAGGACUUCUCUCCUCUUAGUGUUAAUGAGGUCGACGGCAUAUCUGAAAGCACAGGAAGUAUCCUUAGCAAACUGGACUGGAACGCUAUUGAAGCUAUGGUAGCAAACGUGGAAGAAAACUGACGUGAGGGGAUUUCUUGACCUGUGUCCACUUUCAGAGCAGUUUAACAAUUAGCUUUCUUGGAAACCUGUGGCCCUACCUUAUUGUUGUAUUUUAAACAAUCCUUAUUGAAAUCAGAUUGAAGUUAUACUUGAAAUUCAGUAGUGGCGUGUGAGACUUUCAGUUCCCUGGUUAAAGACAAUAUACUUUGAUGUUAAUGUGCAGGGAUCCCUGGAAUAUGCAUGCUGAUGAAAUUACAUUACAUCAAGUGAGUAAUGGAACUUGUAUACCACUAUUGACCUUGAAUUGUCCCUACAAUUAUUAUUAAAAAUUCAGAAUUCUAAAGAUCAAGUUUUCACUUCCAACUCAGUGAAAAGUUUCAUUUUAUAUUUUUAGAGCAAUGCAGUCUUUUUUAGUGUUAACGGAUAAAACCAAUUCAAAAUAUAUACUUAAUAAAAUCUUGGUUUUGACUGUUUACUGGUUUUUGUGGGUUUUUUUUAAAAUGUAUUGGGAGGAACAUCACUGUAGAGGAUCUGGUUUUGCAUUUUUAUAUUAGUGCCUUAUAUUGUACAUUAUAGCUGGUGACCCAACACUAAAGUUGACGAAAGCAAGCAGUUGGAAGAAGAUUAAAGGACCACCUAGUAGUCUGACUUCUGCUUCUCACUUAGCAGCAUGAACUACAGUAGAGCUUUGAGAGAAAUGUUAUAAUUGGAGGA